CAGGGAGAUACCCAGCUGACCUACUUUUGGUGAGCAAAAUUCUUUACAUGUCAAGUGGUCCGGGCUUUAUUCUGCCAGCAGAAAAGACUACAGAGAGAUGAAAAGAACAUCAAGCAACACAGACCGGCCAAAACGAGCAAGAACCACUCAGAUGGAAUCCACAACAUUGCUGGUCUUGCUGUUGCUUCACUUUGGGUUUGGACAAAGCUCCCAUAAACAUCUUCAUGAGGAUCACUACAUCGGCCAGCAACACAACCCUGAACACGACAUGAAUGUUCUGCUGGGAGAUGAGAACACCGAGGAGCUAAAGAAACUCAGCCCAGCAGAUCAGAGGAGGAAGAUGAUGGAAAUUGUGAAGAAGAUUGAUACAAAUGGUGACAAUCUGCUCAGUGCAGAGGAGAUCACUCUGUGGAUUCAGCACAUCUACAGAAAAUACGCUCUGGAUGAUGCAGAGGAGCGAUUCCCUGAGUUUGACAUUGACAAAGACGGUGUUGUAACGUGGGAGGAAUACAACUCGGUCGCUCAUGACCAGCUUUUUAGGUUCGAUGACGACGCCGUUCUGGAAGAUCCAGAGCAAGAGUCCCUUAGACAUCUCCACCUGAAGGAGAGGAGACGCUUUGAUUUUGCAGAUGUGGACGGCACACCAGGCCUGAAUGUAACCGAGUUUCUUGCCUUCACACAUCCUUCUGAAGUGGAUCACAUGGCUGACUUUGCCAUUGAAGAUGUGCUGAGUGAAUAUGAUACCGAUAAAGAUGGAUUCAUUACUUUAAAUGAAUUUAUCGGAGAUGUCCGUGGUGAAGAGGAUUCUCCGUCACAGUGGGAGAUUGAAGAAACAGUGCGAUUCAAAGAACUGUAUGAUCAAGAUAAGGAUGGCCAGCUGGAUCGAGAGGAGCAGCUCCGAUGGGUCGCACCUAAUAGCUAUGGUUCAGCAAGAGAGGAAGCUCUUCACCUCAUCAAAGAAAUGGACCACGAUGGAGAUGGGAAGCUCUCACAGGCUGAAGUUUUGAAAAAUCAAGAAACAUUCAUGAACAGUGAAGUGACAGACUACGGCAGACAGCUGCAUGUAUCACACGACGAGUUGUAGCCAUGUGUUCUUUGUUUAUUGCAGCAUUGUCUCAUUUGUUUUCAUGAAGAUAUAUUGUAGUUUUUUUCUCCUUGAGGUAGUUGAGAAAUGAGUCAGGGUGUCACUCUCUGGAGCAUGGAGAUCCUAUCUGUCAAUGAUCAUUUGCAAUAGCAAAUAACCCAUAUUGCAGCACAGGCCUGAUAUGUUGUAAAGGAUUGUCGUCUAAAAUGACUGUCAGCAAAAUCUGGAUGUCGGAAGCUUUACUAAAUCGUACAUAUUGCGGACACAGGGUACUGGUUUGCAUAAUAUUCUGGGGAAUUCCUGCACAAAUGUUACACUACAAGGACAAAAACUACUUUUUAAUGAUGUUUUAACCAAAAUACAGAAAUCCCAUUUUGUUGAUGCAAACCAACAGCUCUGUAACUUGAAAUAAAUGGGAGUUUGUUUUGAUGACA